CAAAGACAAGAAAAACGACACGAAGAAGAAAACGACAGAGAAGAAACGAACAGAAAACAGGAAACAUGAAAUCGUUUGACAUUCCUCUAGCUGGCCUCUUCUUACUCUUAACUGUUCAGCUCAUGGGUGCAUUCCCACUAAAAAACACAGUCUUAACAACCGAUGACAUGGAUGUCUUAAAGCUUCUUCUACAACAGCUUGAAGAGUCCAUUCCUGGUUCAUCUCAAGACCGAAGACUGUCACAGGUGGAAGAAGAGGUGGCCGAUCUUGAAGAAAUCCACAUUCAACCUCAAACCAAAAUGGACAUGAGAGAGUAUCUGUCUGCUCGGGACUUGAAGACAGUCCGACAGGACUCCAAGAGAUUCUCUGGGUGUUUCGGGCGCAGACUGGACAGAAUUGGGUCCAUGUCGUCUUUGGGAUGUAAUACUGUUCGGUCAAGUAGGUUUUACAUUUUUUGUUUGUAUUAGUAAAUUAUUUUUAUGACAUGAACUAAACUAGGCCUAUCGCUACUUUUAAUAAUGCAUUUCCUAAUGAGCCAGUGUAAGUCAAUACAUUGUAUGAUUCACCGACUUUUUUCUUUUUUCAGGUCCUAAAAGGAAGUGAUGUCUUAAUGAUUAGAGACUUCAAUGUCAUUAUCUAUGACAGCCUCCAAAAUUGUUCUUAACUAUGCAUAUUUCUUAACAUAGGUCUAUUUAUUAAAUUGUUUAAAUAGUCAAAUAUAUAUUUAUGUGCAUCUUUAAUGUAAUUACUUGUAAAUCAAAUCAUAUGUAAAUUCCUGCUUUAAUAGUAAUAAAUGUUUACACGUGC